AACAAAAUCAAUAUUGGUAAGCUGUAGGGAAUGAAUACUUCAGUUUUAUCUUUAGUAUAAUUAUAAAGAAAUGUAAACCUUUUCACUGUGAAAUUAUGCAGUAACAUUUUUUUUUUUUUUUUUACAAUACAAUAAGGUUUUAAGCUGAUUUAUAGAGCAACAGGACCCAGAGACCAACGUAAAAAUGUAUUCAUCCCAUCCUUCCAUGUACAGUACACUCCUUAUCUUAAGGUGGCGACACUGCACCGAAAAUCAGUCGGCAAUACGAGUGAUUCCCCUAAAAGAAGAACUUCGUUUGCAGCGCGAAACUGGGCUAAACUUGAUGAUCUUUAGAAGUUAAAAACAGAGCUGAAAUGGAAUUGGAGGAGAUGGUAGACCACAGUGAGAUGUAUCCUGAGCAGGAGACACAGUUUAAGAUCGUUGAGGUGUUUUCAAUGGACAGUUCACAAUUCAGUGGUUCAAAUGGCCUAUCAGCGGUCCUCGCUGAAGAAGAAUCAGACAGCGACGUCCUUGUAGUUGAUCAUGACUUUGGGUUUGGGGCUCCAGUGGAGCUUGAAGCAUCCAGCUCUGAUGAGUUGCAUUCAACUGUACAACCAGUUAAAAGGAAACCAAAGAAACAGGAAAAGCUGUACUGCCCCGUCUGCGGUAAGCUGUGUAUAUCCACCACAGGCCUGAAAGUGCACCAGAGAGUCCACCUGAGGGACACGUCGCUCGACUGCAACAUCUGUCAGAUGACAUUUCCGUCCCGGGCAGCUCAGAGUGCCCACAUGACCAUCCACAAUGUGGAGAAGACGCACCAGUGCCCCUGUUGUCCCCUGCGCUUUGCCUCAGACAGGGCCCUGCAGGGCCACUUCCGAGUGCAUCACAAGGGCAGCGAUAUGGCGCAGGAACAGAGGAGACAGCUGCAGCCACAGGCUCCUCAGUCGCCACCCGGCAGGGGACGCGGCCGUCGGUCACAGCCCAAAGGUGUUCAGCGGAAAGGCAAAAAGAAACCUGAGACAGAACGUGAGACGCCAGAGCCGCAGAUGUCCAGUGGACAGCAGUCAGAGAUGCCCGUAGCCAAGCCAAGGGGGAAUAGGGAGAAAAUUAGGAUAUCGAAGCUGAAUCGAAAAGCGUUCCUGCAAGCUUCUCGUGUCCAACAGGCCACUUACUUACAGCAGGUAAUUGAAGAGACCAGAAAGCCUGUUGCUGCACAGACGUCCUCCCAGGGUCCCAACCGACACGGGGUGUACCGAUGCAACAUAUGCAAGAAGGCGUUCCGGGAGCUUCACUUCUUGGAGAAGCACAUUGUCAUCCACAUGGCGGUGCGGCUGCACAAGUGCACCUUGUGCGGCGAGUCCUACGACUCGGCGCGGGCCCUGAACGCGCACCAGAGCGAGGUGCACGACAACGGGCAGUACGUCUGCAGCAUCUGCGGCAGGAACAUGCACAAGCUGGGCUCGCUGCUCAACCACCAGGUUCUCCAUGAGCAGGAGGGUAUCAGGGGGAAGGCCAAGAAGCAGAAGAAGCCAAAAGUGCCUUAAGAAGGAUGGCUGCUUUUUUUUUU